UAUUAGUAGUAAUCAAACAAACAAACAGUGGUUUUGAAGAAAAAAAAUUAAUUUUAAAUAAAACUUAAAUUUUUUUUUUUUUUGAAGACAUGUCCCGAAACGCUAAAGAGGCCAUCGUAUUGGCCAUCGAUUGUUGGCGCGCGAUGUCCGCCGAAAGUACUGACGGCACCGAUGACGCCGACGCCGCCGAUGACGGUAAUAGUGGCCGUCAAACACAAUACCAAUUAUCUGUUGAAUGUCUGGAAAAUAUUAUCCGGCAGAAGAUAUUUGCCGAAUCCAAAAACGAGUACCAAUUGAUCGAGUUUUCGACGGCCGCCGCUGCCGCCGGCAAUGGCUAUCGAUUGUUCAACAGUUUAUCUCAGCCGGACUUUACACUAUUGACACACAUUUGCGGUCCAUUGCGUGACCAUAAUUCAAGCGCGAGCCCGUCUAACGUGAUGGAUGUGUUAGGUCUGGCCAUCAGACAGUUAGUUGAAACCGAGAAAAAGUUUACCGAAAAAAAGAUAGCAUUAUUGACAAACUUUUCCACAUUUACUGAUGAAGAUUACAAACGUUUUGUCCAUCAAAUCGGUUACCAAUUGAAACGAUUUGAUAUUCAACUAAUUGUUAUAUGCGAUUUCAUACCGAGUUCUUCAACUGUUCCGCCAAAACAACUGUCCAAAUGUCAACUAAAAGCCUUGAAACUGAUGGAGUAUAUCGAAGAACAAGAUAUUGGUUACUACUAUCAACUACGUAAGGCUGUCCAUCAGUUCAGUCAUUUUGUCGGUAAAAAGACUACACCCGCGGCCUGGUAUUCGACACUUGAAUUGGGAAAAGGUUUGAACGCAUUGAACAUACCUAUUGGUGCACUGAUGAAAGCGCAACAGUUUAAAAAGAAAACAGGAAUCGUUAUAUUCAAACCUCCACAACAACAGGAGACACUUCCUGCGGCCAUCGAAUCGGGUGCCACAACAUCGGCAAUCAUAUCAUCAUCAAUGGACACCAAUGAUACAGUUGAUGUUAAACCUAGUUUAGCUACCAUUGAUGGUCAGAUUCAGUUGAUAGUUGACAAUCAAAACAACAGUACUGGUGAUCAAGCAGUAGAAUCGGGAACUAUCUAUCAAUCAGCUAUUGAUGGUACCAUCAAAAACAUUGAAAAAGAAGAAGUAAUAUACGCUCAUAAAUAUGGACAGACAUUGGUUCCGUUCAGUGACGACGACAAGAAAUCAUUUGAUUACACCAACAAUCAGAAAGGUAUGCGUAUUCUGGGCUUUGCGUCCGUCAAUGAUAUUGAUAUAACUUAUCGAAUGGGCCAAAAAAGUUGGUAUCUGUUUGCUGAUCCGCGACCAAAAAAACACAAUCAUCGACUAGUAUUUCAGACAUUGGUAGCGGCAUUGCUUGAUAUGCAAUCGGUGGCCAUUGUUCGGUACAAUUGGAGCGACAGAUCCAGUCCACAGAUGGGUUAUCUAAUGCCACUCAUCGAAAGCAACAACGAAGGCAACGGCGACGACGACAAUAUGUUUCUGGUGUUCACUCAGUUACCCUUUGAUGAAGAUGUUAGACAUUAUUCGUUUCCAUCGUUGUAUAGUAAACCCCGAUUUAGUCCCACUGAUGAUCAAUUGGCAGCUGUUGACGGUUUGAUUGAUAGUAUGGAUUUGAUGACUGCCGGCAUCGAUGAAGACGAUGGUAAUCCUAGCGAAGCAUUGCUAACAGAAUCCAUAUAUAAUCCACAAAAUCAGUAUUGGUUUCAAUGUCUAUAUCAUCGGCAACUCUAUGGUACAACAAAAUCAACUGAAAUGCCACAAAUGUCUGAUAGUUUAAGAAAUUGUAUUGAAAUUCCACGAAAAAAUCGACAAAAAUCUAUCGAAAAUUUAGUAAAUAUUUCCCAAAAAUUUCCACUCAAUUCCAUAAAGUCUGCAAACAAACAAAAAUUGGAUAGUAUUUCAUCGCAACAAUCAAUCGAUGAUUUACAGCCAGAUAUCAAAAGAGUUAAGAUAUCUACCGAUGAGGACAAUAAAAUUGCUGCCAAUAUUAUGUCCAAUAUUGACGGUAUGAUUGAUAAUCGGGAACCGUUUGAAAAUGUAUCCAAAAAACUGGACAAUCAAUUGAAUGAGUUGUUCGCCGAUCGCAACACUGUUGACGCAAAUUGUGAACAAAUUGUCGAUUUAUUAGACUUUUAUCGCAAACUAUCGCUUAUGUAUUCGCAAAGUAAAUCAUUUAAUCAAUUGAUGUUAACAUCGGUUAAAUCGUUUCGCGGAACAGAUUUCUGGUAUUAUUUAUUAGCAAAAGAGCUAACAUUGAUCUCAAUGAACGACUGUUCCGAUAGCGAUAUCAGCCAAGAAAUGGCCGAUAAUUAUACCAAUUUAUCCGCCGAUGAUAAUGAAGAUAACAAACCCAUAGUUGUCAAACAAGAACCACAAUAAUUGUAUUUAAGGUAUAAAUUAAAGUUUGUUUAAUAUCUAUAU